AUGGCUAAUGACAUGCACUUCAAUAGCCACGUUGAUCACCGUGAAACGCAACCACUUGACGAGAUAGUUAUAUACUCUGGAUGGUUGGCAUGUGGAUCGUGCCUCAUUGCUCCUCAUCUUUCUGAAAGCGUCAUACAGCAAUUCAAAUACACUCAAACCAUUCCCCGACACCUUGUUGUCUCUGUUCCUCCUGCCUUGACAUGUAUACAGAUAGAUGACAUGUUUGAUGAUUAUGAAAGUCACCUGAUACGGGAGGAGACACGGACUACCAUAGCUGAGAGCGACUGGAGCUACGUCGAAGGGUACAUCAUAUGGUUCUUCAGGGUGUCACAUUCGUACAUGGUGCAGGCUACUCCAGGAGACCCACCAAGACCAGCUCAUCAGGAGAUACUAGAGGAUGAGUAG